CCCGGCCCGGCGCUAUGGAGCAGGCGGUGGCUCCGGCGGCCUCCGCCCGUGCCGUGGUGCCGGCCGCGGGCAAGGGCGACGGCGCGACCCCGGCGGCCUCUAGGCGCCCGAAGACGAUCCUGGAUGAGGAGACCUACAUCGAGCGUCUGGAGAAGAUCAUUCAGCGAGACUUCUUCCCUGAUGUGGCGGUGUUGCGAGCGCAGAAGGAUUAUCUGGAGGCGGAAGAAAACGGCGACUUGGAGAAAAUGAGGCAAAUCGCGAUCAAAUUUGGCUCCUCCUUGGGCAAAUCCUCGGGGGAUGUACCUGUACCCUAUGUUACUCCAGCCACAUUUGAAACCCCAGAAGUGCAUCCAAGUGGCCUUCCACUGGAGGAUAAAUCCAAAGCUGGUGUUAAAGCUGCAGAGGAAGGAGAAGCAGAGAAAGGUGAUAAAGAGGCACUUCCCAGUCUGGACAGCUUCCUAGCAAAACACACAAGUGAAGAUAAUGCUUCAUUUGAGCAGAUCAUGGAAGUGGCCAAAGAGAAGGAGAAAGUCAAGCAUGCUUGGCUGUACAGUGCAGAAGAAGAGUAUGCCCAGCGUCGCAGUGAGAACCUGGCACUUCCUUCAGCAGAGCAGCAAGCUCUGGAGAGUGUGAAAGCUGGGCUGGAGACCUGGGAAUACACAGCUCGAAACACCCUCAUGUAUUAUCCGACAGGUGUACCGGAUGGGGAUGAAGUAUUUAAGAAGCCCAGGGAAGUUGUCCAUCAAAACACCCGUUUUGUGAAGGACCCUUUUAGCCAAGCCGUGAGCAAAUCACAACUCCAACAAGCUGCAGCCCUCAAUGCUCAGUACAAACAGGGCAAAGUGGGACCAGAUGGGAAAGAACUGAUACCCCAAGAGUCUCCAAAAGUGAAUGGAUAUGGAUUUGUGGCUACCCCCUCUCCUGCCCCUGGUGUGAAUGAGUCUCCUUUUAUGACAUGGGGUGAAAUUGAAAGCACCCCUUUGCGCUUAGAAGGGUCAGAAACGCCCUAUGUGGACAGAACGCCUGGACCAGCCUUCAAGAUCCUGGAGCCUGGGCGCCGUGAGAGGUUGGGGCUCAAGAUGGCCAAUGAAGUGGCAGCUAAAAAACGAGCAAAGAAGCUGGAGGCACUUCGAAAAGCGACAGAAAACUUGGCCAGCUUCACUCCAAAAGGACUAAGCCCAGCAAUGUCACCAGCUUUGCAGAGACUAGUAAACAGGACUGCAAGUAAAUAUACCGACAAAGCACUGCGAGCCAGCUAUACUCCUUCUCCAGCCCACACUGGAACACCUGGUUACAAGACCCCAGCAAGUGGGCCUCAUACACCCACAAGCACCCCACAAUCUAGGACAGUAUCUCAGACGCCAGUAUCUCAGGAUACUACAUCAAUCACAGACAAUUUACUGCAGCUUCCUAAAAGAAGGAAGGCAUCUAAUUUCAUCUGAAUAUUCCAGUCACCAGCAAGGCAACAGUGAACUGGCUCUGCUCGGCUGUCUGCAAAUGGGAUGUUGUGAGGCAUCGGUGUAAGGGGUGUCUAGAUACAGCUGCCAGAAUGGAAACCAGUGGUUAGAAGACUUGGGACCAGCGCUACUCUAAACAAUAUAGAUAAAAUAGCCUGUAAUGUGCUUUUUGGAAGCAGAGUAUCUCUUGCUGUGGUAUAAAUUCCCUUUAAACUGCAUGGGUGGGAUGCACAGGGCUGUGGUAGAAAAAGAAUGCUUCCUGCAAUGGCAGAGAAGAUUCUGGACUCUUGGAAAAGGGUGAUAAUUGUUUUAAGAUCCAUUUCUUUUUUUUUAAGAUGGCCAUGCAUUUAAAUACAUUUCUGUACAGAUAUGUCUAUUUAUAAAAUGUGUUAAGCCUUCCUAAAAGGUUGAACUGGAAUUCCUUUGAGCUCGUCAGACGUCUUUGGUUUUGUAUUUUGCAGAAGAGCAGAUAUAAUCAUGUAUGUAUUAAGACAUGACCCAGAGUUUUUAGAGGGCCUCUCUUUAAUUUGAGUUGCUCUUGAAUGUGGCUUGGACUUGCCGAGAGAGGUGAUAUAUUCGGAAGACAGUAUGCAUACAGAUUCAGCUGUCGGUUCACAAUGCCCAGUAACCUACCUGAAUACACGGUGUGGUUGAUGCACAUGUGGAUUCUGCAGCCUGUGUAGUCAGAAACUUGAGGAAGGUGAGUGUAAGACCUGUUAAAUGCCAGCAGCACUGAAAGAAACUGUCCAGUGUGUUUUGACAGUAACUUCCCUGCAAACCGUAUCAGAGACAGGCCUUGAGAACAAUAGGGUUAAGCUGUUUAUUCACCUCAGCAGAUGUACAGUGUCUUCUAUUGCUAUUCUUUGUAAAGCAAGAGGUGAGGACUGUUGCUGAAGCAGAAGCUAAAGUUGAGAAUCAGCAGUUCACAAGUUAGAUCGACUUUGUGAUACUGUUAAAACCAGCCAUCCUUAGGAGGAUCCUGUUUACUUCUGUCUUUUCCCUUUUGCUUAAUGGCAUUUGGCUUGAUGCUUUUGCUUUGGCUUUCCUUCAUGUGGGUUGUGGGAACACUCACCCUCUUCUGGAGCUGGCAGAGGGGACUCGACAGUGGCAUCUGGAGUCUGCAGCCAUGAGUGUUUCAAAACUUCAUCUAUGCACAAUCUCUGAGACACA